UCCUCCUUGAGAGGGGGCCAAGAAGCCAAAGGCAAAUGGAGGGAGCCCUCUCUUUCUUCUCCCCUUCUCCCUUCUCUUCCAAUCGCUCCAACCUCUCUCUCCCAAAGAAACCUCUCUCCCUAUUCUCCUCUCGGCAAGCCUCAAUUCCCAGGGUAUCGCCUCAGCCCAAGUCCUCGAAGGGAACCCGUAAACCCGAUGUCCGGAUUUCUCCCAAUACCGCAGGGAGGAGUCGAAUUCCUCCGCCUCUUGAUUCCAAGAAGAUAAAUAUCCAGAAGCUAAAUGCGGAGAUUUCUCCUCACAGAGCAGUCUCUGCGGUGAGGCUGCUGAGGAUUGAGCAAGGUGGCGCCUUUGCGGACCUUUUGAAUGAGAAGGGGAGGAAAGCUGCCGAGAAUGAGAUGAGUUAUGUCGAGAGGACACUUGGGUUUCGCACACGGGAUCUGGACGACAGAGAUAUUAGACUGGUGACAGAUGUUGUUGGAGGAACUGUUCGUUGGAGACGCUACCUUGAUUAUCUUAUCAUGUCUCUCUGUAACAAGGAGAGAAUGUUUACAGACAUGGAGCCACUUCUACUGCAAAUACUCCGCAUUGGGUUCUUUGAGAUCUUGAAGCUAGGCAUGCCGCCAUAUGCUGUUGUUGAUGAGAAUGUAAAACUUGCAAAAGCUGCUCUAAGGCCUGGUGCAGGGAAUUUAGUAAAUGCAGUCUUACGGAAGCUUGUCUCACUGAAGGAAAAAGAUUCACUUCCCCUACCAAAUUUAGAAGGAGAUGAUCGUGCACAAGCACGUGCUCUUGCUGUUAUUCAUUCCCAUCCAGUUUGGAUGGUUAGAAGAUGGACAAAAUUUCUGGGGCAAGAAGAAGCUGUGAGACUAAUGAACUGGAACAACAGUGAUCCGUGUUUCAGCCUAAGAGUGAACACUGCGAAAGGCUUUAAGAGGGUUGAUCUUGUUAACCGACUGGAAGAUUUGAAGGUUUCAUAUGAGCUGUCAGCAUGCAUGGACGAUUUUGUUCGCAUCCAUACUGGCAUGCAGAUUGUAAUACAAGCUGGCUUGCUAAAAGAUGGAAUAUGUUCGGUUCAGGAUGAGAGUGCUGGUCUGGUGGUGUCUGUGGUAGACCCACAACCGGGAGACACCAUCAUUGAUUGCUGUGCAGCACCUGGUGGAAAGACUCUUUUCAUGGCAUCACGUCUGAGAGGCCAAGGUAUGGUAAUGGCAAUUGACAUAAAUAGAGGUCGCUUGAGGAUUCUCAAAGAGGCAUGCAAGUUAUUCAAUGUCACUAAUGUGGUCACUACAACCCAUGCUGACCUUCGACUAUAUGCUGAAAAGCAUAAUGUAAAGGUUGACAAAGUCCUUCUGGAUGCUCCCUGCUCUGGAACAGGUGUUCUUUCCAAGAGAGCGGAUUUGCGUUGGAAUAGACAAUUAGAAGAUUUGGAGCACUUGAAGCAUUUACAAGAUGAGCUUCUUGAUGCAGCUUCCAUGUUGGUGAAGCCUGGUGGGAUACUUGUGUACAGUACUUGCUCCAUUGAUCCUGAAGAAAAUGAGGAGAGGAUUGCAGCAUUUCUUCUGAGGCAUCCGGAAUUUGUUGCACAUCCCGUGCGUGCAUAUGUGCCUCCAGAUUUCGUUACAGAUAAAGGUUUCUUUUUCUCAAAUCCAGUCAAGCAUAGUAUGGAUGGGUCAUUUGCAGCUCGGCUGGUUCAAUCCUUGGACUACCCAUACUAAGCACCAUAUAAGCGAAAUUUUCCAGCAUUUCCCAAAUCAUCAUGCUUUGGGAGGAUAAAUGUGCUUUAACUAUUGGAGUGGAGACA